AUGUUCUUAGCAUAUUUAAUUUACGAAUUAAAGUCGCUCUACCAAAAUCCCUUGUACGGAAUUCCCGGUAAAUUACAAAAGUACGUUGUGUACACAUGUCUUCCAGAUAACAUUCAAAUUAAUGUACAUACAUUAAGAACAAAAUUGGAAUUGCUAAAUAAGGAACGAUAUAUCUUCAAUUCGGAUAAUUUUCGAAGCGUGGAAGACGACACGCCCAUACUCGUGGUCCAAGUGCACAAAGACAUCGAGCGGCUGCAAUACCUCGUGCUGUCGCUGGCUCAGGUGCGAGACAUAAAGGACGUCCUUAUUGUUUUCUCGCACAGCUUCUAUGAUGAAGCAAUAAAUCGGCUCAUAAGGAGCAUCGAUUUCUGUAAAGUUACGCAAAUAUUUUACCCACAUUCUCUACAAUUACAUCCACACAAAUUUCCUGGUGUAGAUCCCAAUGACUGCAACGGCAACGUCACAGAAUUCUGCCAAUAUCGUGACGCAAGAAUAGCGGAGAAAAAGCAGCACUGGUGGUGGAAAGCGAACUUUAUGUUUGAGAGGAUGAAAUGGUCAAGUAAAUAUGAAGGUCUAGUUUUAUUCUUGGAGGAAGAUAAUUAUAUCGCACCUGACUUGCUACACAUGCUACGAUACGUACAAAAGUCAUUCUGGUAUUUUCCUCACGUAGAUGUAGUGUCAUUCGGCAAGCCAUAUAAACGUGGUUCGAGAAGUGAUCUAUUAAUACUGGAGCCGUGGCAGCCCCCCUUCCACGUCGGCCUGGCCUUCAACGCGAGCGUCUGGAAGCGAAUAAAGUUUCAAAACGGAGAUUAUUGUAUGUAUAAUGAUUACAAUUGGAAUUAUUCGCUACUGAACAUGUUUCACAAGUUUUUGAAAGGUCACGCGGAUAUGAUCGCUUGUCAGACGCCCAGGGUGCUAUCGACGAGAGAAUUUGAAAGUAAUGAACACUUCCUAAAGCACAUUAAUCAGGUUGUGGAGAAUGUUGAAUGGUUUCCAGAGAACGUCAGGGCCGUGUCCGUGUUCGGACCGAAGGGUCGCGUGGAGCCGGAGCUGAAGGUGCCGCGGCGGGGUGUUGGGGGGUGGGGGGAUAUCCGCGACCAGAUGCUGUGCCUGGAUGUAUUGGCAGUCACCACCACUGAAGAGCCGCGAUAUUAUGAAGAAAACUAUGAGCCAAAAUCUAUUGGAAAUGAAUCUAUAACGUAA